CCUAAAAUCGUUAGACUUUUCUUUGCAACUAUUAAAUUUUGGCUAUUUGUAUGUAAAUAAAGAAAAUAUUGAUAACUUAAAGAAGAACAUGUGUUGAAAAACGCCUAAUUUUGACAUAAAAGGUCAUUUUUUUAAACGGUCUAUAAUAAAUCGCUUCCACCCAUAAAUACUACAACAACAACUCCGUCAGAUUUAACGAAUGAUACGGAAACAUACGAGCAUGCGCGCAGCGAGUCCGUUUCAAAAUCAGAAACAAGAUGGCGACGCCAAUGAAAGUACCACGAUUAUCGGCCGGACGACCAAAGGUUUCAAGUUCAACAAAAAAACGACGAAAGAAAGCAACUCAAAUCUCAAUUAAUCGUUCAAGAAUUGUUAUAGGAGAACAGAUAGACCGUUGGAAUGCCUUAAAAACAGACAUAGAUGCUAAAACGAACGCAGAGGUAGCGAAAGUAUUGUUGGACAAGUAUUAUGGACCAGGACCAGUGGCAGGAGGUAGCAUUGAACAACAACCAGGGCCAUCAAAGGUUGAAACUGCAUAUAGAAAGAAAAUGGCUCUACCUAGCUAUACAUCAACACCAGCAGCAUCACAUAGACUUCAGCUGCUGAAAGAACAGCAAUAUGAAUCAUCAGCUGAAUCUUCAAUAUCUGGUGUUGAGCCCUUGGCAUCAAGUAGUCAUGCAAGUGCAUCUGACAGUCCAAGACAUUAUUCUCCAGAGAAGAAGGUACCACCUGGAUAUAGCACAAGUUUCAUGGAUCCCUUUGAACUUAGCAUAGAUGUUUAUGAGGAGUCCAACAGUGAGCCAGAAAUAGACGAAGAUGAAGAUUAUGAACCUAGCUUUGACAUAUUCAUUGGACCAGUAAAUGAAAAUAUUUCUGAAGCUUCCUUUGCUGAAGAAUUUUUUUCUGAGGAGAAGGAAGAUGAUGUUGAAGAGGAACCAGAUGUUGAAGGUGUGAAAAGAAUGCAGACAUCAGAUGAAGCGGCAAAGUUGUCAGACGAACAGAUGUUUCUGUGCAGUGGAGAGGCUUUACUGACAUUGUCCCGUAUGUCUGUGAAGGAUACAUGUAAUUCUUGUAGCAAGCCAGUGGACUUUCAGAAAAAAAUCAGAGGCUCAGCUGUUUAUUUCAAAUGGGUUUGUGAAGAUGGACAUGUCAGUUUUAGUUGGUGUUCCCAGCCAUUGUUAAGAGGAGGGGUUCACAGUGGAGACUUGAUGGUAUCUUCUGCAGUGCUUUUUUCUGGCAAUAAUUUUCAGAAAAUUUCACUGUUUGCCAAGUUCCUGAAUCUUGCAAUGGUCAGUUCAAGCUCCUAUUCAAGGUUCCAGACAACCUACUUGGUUCCAGCUGUUGAGACAUUUUGGUCUAGUCAUGUAGAAAAUAUUCUUGAGACAAAGAGAGGAGAGGAAAUUGUGAUUUUAGGUGAUGGAAGAAUGGACUCGCCUGGACACUGUGCACAGUAUUGCACAUACACAGUCAUGGAUAAUAACACAAAACAAAUAUUGUCAGUUGUGACUGUGGACAAGAGGGAGACAGGCAAGUCAAGUGUUCGGAUGGAAAAGGAGGCAUUUGUCAGAACACUUCAUCACCUGGAUACAGAAAAUGUGAAAGUGGGUGAAGUUGUUACAGAUGCCCAUACAUCAAUAGCGGCUUACCUGAGAAAUGAAUAUCCCCAAAUUCAACAUUCAUUUGAUAUAUGGCAUGUGGCCAAGAAUCUCGCAAAAAAGAUAAUGAAGGCUGGACAGCAGAAACAAUGUGGUGGUCUAAAGGGCUGGUGUAGACACAUUGUCAACCACUUUUACCAUACUUGUGAUAGUGCCAGAGACGUUGAAGAGUUCACAGGAAUAUGGUUUGGAUUGUUGCACCACAUAGUCAACGAACAUGAAUGGAACUUUGGUUGUGGGAGUAACAUUACAAAGUGUGUACAUGGUCCAUUGACUGAACCAAGAGAGGUAGAAUGGCUAAGUAAAGGCAGUCCAGCACACAAUGCUCUACGUCAGAUUGUAGCCGACAAGAGAUUUCUUAAGCAGAUACCUUACUUUCUGAAUGCUCGAAGUACUGCUGAAUUGGAAGGUUUCAACAAUCUUAUACUGAUGUAUGCAGGAAAAAGAUUUUCAUACAUUCCACCUGUAUACAGAGCAAGAAAUCUUAUAGCUGCCAUUGACCAUAACAGCCACCUUGAAAGACCUUCAGUUAUUAAUAAAGAUGGAACUGAGAGAGUACAUAAAAUUUUCAACAAGAAAAGUUCAAGAUGGCUGAUAAGACCAGUAAAGGAACAGAAAAAAUAUGACUAUAGAAAGGGAUUGAUGGAGUUGGUUUUGAGGAUGAGGAUGGAAGAGAAAGGGUCAAUGUUUAAACCUGUGGUAUUAAAAGCUGAUGACCCAAGACGAAUUUCAUCAACAAUCUCACAAGUUGCUCCUCCUCCAACAGAUCAAUUAAAAAAAGAGCAGGUGUCACGAUUCACGAAAUAAUAAAAGGACCAAAUAUAUACUAGUAUUUAUUAUGUAAUAAAACUAGAGAAGUUGAAACAACAUUUAUAAAUAGGAUUAGCUUUGAAACGACAGAUAAACAUACACCAGACAGUGGCUCUUAUAGUUUCUCAUCACUGCUAUGAUAUAUUUCUAAUACUGACAGAAUAGUUUAGAAAUGGAGACUUGCUCCAGUAUGUAUUUUGGGAGAAUUUUCAGAAUUUCCAGAUAUUUUAUUGUAUCAAAAUUAUAGCUGUUGGUAUAAAAUUUUUUCUGUUCAUCAAUAUAUUUAUACAUGUAUUAUUUUGUUUUUAUCAAUGACAGCUCUAAUUUCAUUGAAUAAACUGGUCAAAUUUGUGGAAAUACCUUGUUAACACUCUUGGUGCAACUGUUUCAGUGCAAAAUUCCUUAGAAAUGGUUAGAACACUUCAGGCUCCAAUUCAAAUAUGGGUCAUCUAGGGUGAAAAUCGAGGUCACACAACCCAACAAUAACUGUACUGUAAUGCUCACUGAGGAUAUCAUUUUGGUCCAAACAUCCAGGAAAUUUGCCAGAAAGGUUGUUUUGAUGAUUUCUAGGGCAAGGUCUAAUUCAGGUUAUCUGGGAUCAUAAACUAAAAACUAGGUCAGACAGACCCAAAUAAUGGAGAAACUUGCUAAUGCUGUAAAGGAUACUGCAUAGUUCCAAAUAUCCUGGAAAUUAGUCAGGGAGGUUGUUAAGAUGGAUUCUAUGUCAUGCUUGAAUAUGGGUUAUUUUGGGUCAUAAACUAGGUCACACACCAAUUUAUAAAAAAGAAUAUUGUUUUUUUUUGCAUUCUAGAGGUAAUAUUUUCAUCAGAGAAUUUCCUGAGCAGUUGUUUUGAUGAUUUCUAGCACAACCUUGAACAUAUGUCAUCCAUGGUCAAAAUCUAGUUCAUACAGACAAAAAAAUAUUCUAUGACUUGAUAAAUAAUGCUCAUAAUUAGAGUGAACCACAUUACCUCUUAUGCUUGAAAGUAAUUGAAAUGUUAAUUAAUUUGUUGUCAAGGUAACAAAAUAUUCUACCAUAGCAUGCCAUAAAUAUUGUAUG